CCUAUAUGUUUUAUCUGUUUUGAGGCUGUAAAAUGGUGCCAUGGACACACCCGUGACACAGUCCUUUGCCCAGCAGAGUGGUUUCUGCACCCAGAAGUGGUAGCCCAGGUCUGAGAAAGAUCUGAGGGGGGUAUCCAGUCUCCUCCUGUUGUCCUCUUUCCUACACAUCAUAAGUUAACCUGCACAAGAAUACCAAGAGUUAGAAGCUAUGAUGAAGUCAGAAGAGAUUAAAUGUGAGGAUCAGGAACCUGUGGAGAGCUGCAGUAAUGAACAAAUCUCUGAUACUUUCCACUCCAAGAUCUCUCACAGACGAGUGCGGAAAAAAAGUCACCACUGCUCAGUGUGUGGAAAGAGUUUCAGCCGAAAGAGUUGUCUCAGACAGCAUCAGCAGACUCACACAGGAGAGAAGCCGUAUCAGUGCUCCCAAUGUGGGAAGAGUUUCAGUCAAAAGAGUUAUGUCAAACAACACCAGCUUGUUCAUACAGGCGAGAAGCCAUAUCGAUGUUCAGAGUGUGGGAAGAAGUUUAUGUGCCAGAGUUACCUCCAGCGACACCAGCGCAUUCACGCAGGAGAGAAACCACAUCAGUGUCCACAUUGUGAGAAGAGGUUUAGUUUGACGCACCUUCUCAUAAAUCACCUCCGAGUUCAUACAGGGGAGAAACCGUAUCAGUGCUCAGAGUGUGGCAUGAGUUUUACACAGAGGAGUAAUCUCAGAACACACCAACACAUUCACACAGGAGAUAAAUCCUAUAACUGCCUAGAGUGUGGGAAGAGUUUUAAUCGAGAGGACACUCUCCAAAAACACCAACGUGUUCACACAGGAGAUAAGCCGUAUAACUGUCUGGACUGUGGGAAGAGUUUUAAUCGAGAGGACACACUCCAAAAACAUCAACGCAUUCAUACAGGAGAGAAACCGUAUACCUGCCUGGACUGUGGGAAGAGUUUUACACAAAAGUCUACUCUACAAAUACACCAACGCGUUCACACUGGAGAUAAACCGUAUUACUGCCCACUGUGUGCAAAGAAUUUUACUACUCUGGGUAAUCUCCGUAAACACCAGCGCAUUCACACAGGAGAGAAAACUGGACUGCUCGGAGAGUGGGAAGAGUUGUAGGACACGAGGAAAUUUACAUCACCAAAAUGACAUUUACUCAGCUGAGAAUGGGGACAUAUUCAAUUUUCAUUAGAAAGUGUGGAAAUGAACUCGUUUUAUUCUAAAUGUUUAUUUUGAGUCAAAUGGGAUCAUUUAACUCUUCUGUUGGAAUGUUUUUAUAUUCCUUGCUAUGUACUCGAGGGGUCAGUGGGGUUUAUCACUAUGAAACUAUGAAUUUUAGAGUGUGUGGAAAGUAAAAGGUAGGCCUGUGUGAUAUCACUAUUUGACUUUUAGUAAUGUUAGCAUUUAUUAAAAAAUGUAAAAUAUCAACAUUGUAUUUAGUUCAUAUCUGUGUGCGGGGCGCCUGCCCAAUGAGUGUCUAUGCAGGUCCUUAACCUUUUGAAAAGCAGGUGACUUGAGGCCGCUCUCUAAUUGGCUUGUGUCAGAUUUUCCUCGGGGCACAGCUCAGUGCAGUACAGACACUUUUGCUGUUAGCAAAUCAGUGUUUUUAUAUUUUUUGACCUCAUGUGAUUGGACUGUUCUCGAUGACUCCCUUUCCCAAUCAACAGCUUGACCAGCACAUAGCAAGAGAUAACGUAUGUGCAACAUUUCUUCCAGAGGAAAGAAAAUUCGGGUUUAUCUUUACAAAAAAACCCUUGCACAAGGUUUUCAAAUGAAGACAGAAAAGGAUAAAGGAGCUUGGACCAGAUCGACCCAACUUACAAACUCAGCAGCAGUCAAGUGAUCGCAGAAGAGCUUACACUAGUUAUAGCAAACAGAGUUGUCUAGCUGGAUGCCACGCAAGUCAUGCGUUUUAUUGUUUUCCUUGUUUGCUGUUUCAAAGUCCUGAGACCGAAACGUACGAGACUUAAAACAUCUUUCUGAAAAAUGCAAACAUCAUGAAAGUCGCCGCAGCCAUCCUGAAAAUGCUAUGAGGUUACAGUUUUUUUGGAAGCUUAAGUAUGGCCUAUCACUUUUUAACAGCACCUGGCCAUUGUUUGUGCAAUAUUACAGUGUUGUUUUUUUGAGUGAUUACCUUGAGUACUUUAUUACUGAUAAUAAACCCACA